AUGCGCCUGUGUUUCACCUGCUUCGGCACACACUCAGUGGCUAAGUGCAAGUGCACCAAGUCGUGCUUCAGAUGCCCGCAACCUCGCCACACACUGCUACAGCUGGAUCACAAGGAAAGGGUAGACACAUCAACGCAACAAACAACGCUCCAGAGGCACAGUCAACGAGGGAGGAAUCAGGUUCGAGUGUUUGAUUUAAUUCAUGAUUAUCAUUCAUCACUCAGAACACUGAUCCCCCAUGUACCCUCCUCAGGACAUAACAAAUCAACAAGCAUCAUCAUCAACGAAAAAUCAACGCCUCGAGAAACAACGCAGCCAAUCAACGUCAGGGAAAAUGAUCAGUCAGACGAAUCAACGGACAAUCGACUAGUACUCUUGGCUACGGCACAAGCCAGGGCAGUCUCUAACAGCGGAUACCACACCAUCGCGAGAAUCCUCAUCGACCAAGGAUCAAAGCUUACAUUUAUUUCGGAAAGCUUGGACCGUCAACUACAAGUGCAACGCCGACACUCAAUUGAACUCAUUGGAAUUGGUGGAAAGCACGCAUGCAAAACGAGAGGGAUUGUGACCAUCACUCUCCAAUCGACGAAAGCGCCAUUUCAUCGUGUUAAGAUCAACGUCCACGUAUUACAAAAAUUAACGACACGAUUGCCAACGUUUUCUUGCUCAUCUGCAUCCAUCGGAUCACUGCAGCAGCUUCAACUCGCAGGUGAGAAUUAUUCAACGCCUGGACCCAUCAACAUAAUUAUCGGAGCUGACAACUAUGGGAAAAUCAUCGGUUAUGAAGUCAAGAAAUCCAACGACGAACAAUUAGUUGGACAACUAACAACGUUCGGAUGGAUCAUAUUCGGUCCAUUAUGCAACAUCGAUUGUUCAAGGAAGGUUUCCUUAUCCGCGGCAAGGGGAUCCUCCAACGAACAAUUAACGCAGCUUCUACAGAAAUUCUGGGUCCAGGAGGAACUACCAACUGCAAAAGACGCAACCAACGAGCUCCCACCAGAGGAACGAGAGUGUGAAGAGCAUUUCAGACGCACUCAUUAA